ACAACACAGACAUCACCACAAAGCCUAUUUAACCCAAUAGAUAUUUUAGAAGCUUUAUUAUACCCUUUACCUCUAUCCUUAUCUAUAUCACUUCACAAUAGCCUAUCACAUGAAAUACAAGAAAUCUUUAUCUCUAAAAACAACAUACAAGAAUCAACACCAUACAUAUCUACUAACAAUCAAGAUAAUCUAGAUUUUCUUGAUAACCAUACUCUACCACAA